UGACAAAUAUGCCAUAAUCUUCCAAUGCUCGAAGGAUUUUAUUUUACCACUAUACAAACCACUGACAAUUUCGUAGCGUUUUCACCAAACUCGAUCUAAGGUCGACACAUUUAUUGAUCGCUAUAUCUUUCCAGGAGGAUAUCUGCCAUGCGUAAGAGAGCUCAUUGAACGUCUCGAUACCACUUUUAUACGCUUCAAUACAUCCCACUCACAUUCCUAUCAGAAAUCCCAAUCAGCGGCGGAAAACAUGUAUGGACUCAUAAAAAAGAGACCGGAAUCGCUCCGAAGUCCGAUAAAUAUGAUCUUCCUAAUAUGGCGAACUGCUUAGCUGCCAAUAAAACAGACGGGAGAACGAACAUAUCAAUGCGAUGGUGUUCCAUGAUGAAUACUAUCGUGAGCGCAUGCGAAACAUCCAGCCACAUACAAAGUUAAACAGGAUAAUUCCCUGGUCUAGGGUACACUUCACGCAUUCGGCUGAUCUGGGACCAUGAUCGCCUUUUGGGUACAUUCGAUUUGGACGUUUUCAACGGUUCCUUUGUCAUUGAUCCUGGUCCAGGUCAAGACCAUUUCAAAGCUGAUGUUGAGUACUCAAAGUUCCAUGAGGCCCUGGCGAAGAUAAAGAAUCGAGUGAAGAGUCUGCGGAUGAUGACGAUGAUGGUGGAGAUGAUGAGAUUGCUGCGACCAAGGAGUAUCGUUUCAAAUGGCGUGGAACAAAUGCAAAAUACCUCACAAAUCAUUUAAUUCUGCAUUCACUAUCGGCAAAAUUCGCUUUGGCAAUGGCAAGAUUUGGGGUCACUUUGAAGCAAUGUCGGGUGUUGGUUAUCCAGGUGGUCGGUGUGAGUUUCAUGGGAAGAUACCUCAUGGACCUUGUCUUGUAGACAUGUCUGUUCAAAAUUUAUUGAUAAAUGGAAUGGGUAUGCCGAAACUGAGGAGGAUGAAAUCCCACGAUCACCGACUCCAAGAUCCACAAUAGCAAAGUCUCCGUCCGAGCAUGAUGACACUUAUUCAACAGGUUCGCUAAUGGAUGAUACGUCUCAGCUUAAGGAAUGGACCGAGAAAGACCAACAAAGUUUUAUCGAAAUGAUUACUGGCAUUUAUGAUAUCACUAGCAGGGAGAUAGAAGAGGAUUGGUUGUCGACUUCAAAGGGUUUAAUGGCUCGUCUGCACGUAGACCAGCAACAAGGAAAAGUCUUGGGAUACUUUGACAUAGGCAUCGUUGAAGGUUUUCUCUGUUUGAACGAUAGCCUAGAAGCCCUAACACACAACAGCCCAUGGAAUUCAAAUGGUACGGACGAGGUACCUUCUCCGGCUCAACCGAACAAGGCACCGGCACACUGGCCAUCCGAAGCCGAGGCGCAAGAACAGUCAAGGUAUGUUCUACGAUAUGCCGGAUAAAAUGACGGCCAAGUGGAUUUUCACGGUAUGAGACGUCUGCUGCCGGCGGGAGUUUCAGGUCGUGGUUCUGGCUAUUAUCGCGCGCAGUGGGAGGAAUAUAACUGUAAGAAGUCGGAGCUUCCG